CUCUCCCUAACCCAUUCCCCUGCCGUUUCCAAACCUAAACAAUCCCCAAAAAAUUGCGAAAGUGCUUGAGACCGCGGAUAGAACCCCGAUUGCCCAUGUCCGACCCCCCGGACCUGUACCGCCUGGAGGGCAGCGACAGAUCGCAGCCCGGGGGUCUGAUCCUGUCGAAGAAGCCGUCGGACCACACAUUCAAGAAGCCCCUGCCCUCGGUCUUCGGUCUGGACAAGCUAGCGGAGAAGAAGCGCCGCGAGAGUUCCCAGGAUGCGCCGUCGAGGGCCCCCAGAGGACCGCGACCAGACCACAAGGACCGAAGCUACCGAAACCCGACGGAGGAGACGCCGACGCACACGGGUGGAGUGAACCGGGAUGCGCAGCGUCGGCUGGAGGACCGCCUGCGUCAGCAGCGCCUGGACCUCCAGGACCGCCGUAACCGCCGGCGCGAGGGGCGGGCCCGAAGCCGGAGCCGCGAGCGCUCGGAGAGCUCCCGCUCGACGCCGAGGUUCAAGGACGAGCCGCGGACGCCCCAUUUCCGGACGCGAGACCCGACAUCCAAGAGCAACUGGGACGACGACGACGAGGAGGAGCCGAGGAAGUCCAGCUGGGACCACCCGACGCCAAAGGCCUACGGUCGUGAUCACCGUGACUCCAUGAGGAGCGAGUUCACCCCCUCCUACAAGUACAACCCCUGGAACAAGGACAGAAAGCCCUCGGGAGGGACUCCGCUGGUGGAGGGGGAGGACGCGGAGCUCUGGGAGGAGGAGCAGCAGAGGCUGGACCGCGAGUGGUACGGCCUGGACGACGGGGAGGGGCACCACUUCGACGUCUCCGAGGAGUACACCCAGAAGAAGGAGCAGGAGCUGGAGGCGAAGCGCCAGAAGCGGGUGUCGGCCCAGCAGAGGCAGAUCAACAAGGACAACGAGCUCUGGGAGAGGAACAGAAUGCUGACGUCCGGAGUCGUCAGCUCGCUGGAGCACGACAACGACCCGGACGACGAGGGCGAGGCGCGGGUCCACCUCCUGGUGCACAACGUGGUGCCGCCGUUCCUCGACGGGAGGAUUGUCUUCACAAAGCAGCCGGAGCCGGUGGUUCCGGUCCGCGAUCCGACGUCGGACAUGGCGUUGGUCGCCCGGAAGGGGUCGGCCCUGGUGCGGGCGUACAGAGAGCAGAAGGAGCGGAAACGCGCGCAGAAGAAGCACUGGGAUCUCUCGGGAACGCACCUCGGGAACAUAAUGGGGGUCAAGGACAAGAGGAAGGAGGACAGGGAGGCCCCGGCGGAGGAGACGGACUUCAAGGCCGGGCAGAAGUACGCGAGGCACAUGGCAUCGUCCGAGAACUCGGACUCCCGGCACCGGCAGAUCCUCGCCCAGCGCAGGAGUCUCCCGGUCUUCGCGGUCCGCCAGGAGCUCAUGACUAUCAUCCGGGAGAACUCGGUGGUCGUCAUCGUGGGGGAGACCGGCAGCGGCAAGACGACGCAGCUGACGCAGUACCUCCACGAGGACGGCUACAGCAGAAACGGAAUGGUCGGUUGCACCCAGCCGAGGAGGGUCGCCGCAAUGUCAGUGGCGAAACGCGUUUCCGACGAGAUGGCGUCCGCCCUCGGGGACAAGGUCGGCUACGCCAUUCGGUUUGAAGACUGCACCUCCAAGGAGACCGUCAUCAAGUACAUGACCGACGGUAUCCUCCUGCGGGAGAGCCUGAGGGAGGGCGACCUGGAGAGGUACAGCGUCAUCAUCAUGGACGAGGCGCACGAGAGGUCCUUGUCGACAGACGUGUUAUUCGGUUUGCUGAGGGAAGUUGUGGCGCGCCGCCACGAUCUCAAGCUCAUCGUCACCUCGGCGACCAUGGACUCGAGCAAGUUCAGCGCCUUCUUCGGUAAUGCCGCGACUUUCCAGAUCCCGGGGAGGACCUUUCCCGUGGAGACGAUCCACGCGAAGAACCCCGUGGAGGACUACGUUGACGCUGCGGUGAAGCAGGUCUUGCAGAUUCACCUGCAGCCAAAGUCCGGGGAUGUCCUGGUGUUCAUGCCGGGUCAGGAGGACAUCGAGGUGACUUGCGAGGCCCUGAAGGAGAGACUCGGGGAGAUCGAUUCAGCCCCGGAGCUCCUCAUCCUGCCGAUCUACUCGCAGCUGCCCUCCGAUCUGCAGGCCAAGAUCUUCCAGAAGUCCGAGGGGGGAUUGAGGAAGUGCGUGGUCGCCACAAACAUCGCGGAGACGUCUCUAACUGUCGAUGGGAUAGUCUUCGUCGUGGACUCUGGCUACUGCAAGCUCAAGGUCUACAACCCCAGGAUCGGCAUGGACGCCCUGCAGGUGUAUCCGGUGUCGAGGGCCAAUGCUGAUCAGAGAAGUGGAAGGGCCGGGAGGACGGGGCCAGGGGUUUGCUUCAGGCUCUACACCAGGAGGCAGUACCUCGACGAGUUGUUGCUCACUGGAGUCCCCGAGAUCCAGAGGACCAACCUCGCCAAUACCGUUCUGCUACUGAAGUCUCUGGGGGUGCAGGACCUGCUGGCCUUCCACUUCAUGGACCCUCCGCCGCAGGACAACAUCCUCAAUUCCCUCUAUCAGCUCUGGAUUCUAGGGGCUCUCGACAACACCGGGAGACUCACGCCCCUAGGCAGGCAGAUGGCGGAGUUUCCUCUUGAUCCUCCCCAGUGCCAGAUGCUGAUCGUGGCGUCGCAGCUGGGGUGCACAGCGGAGAUCCUCAUCAUCGUCUCCAUGCUGUCGGUGCCUUCGGUAUUUUACAGGCCAAAAGGCAGGGAGGAGGACUCUGACUCAGCCAGGGAGAAGUUCCAGGUGCCCGAGUCCGAUCACCUGACGUUUCUCCACGUCUACCAGCAGUGGAAGGUCAAUGGGUACUCGAGCUCCUGGUGCAACGAUCACUUCAUUCAUGCCAAGGCCAUGAGGAAGGUGCGGGAGGUCAGGCAGCAGCUGGAGGAGAUUCUCAAACAGCAGAAGCUUGAACUCACGAGCUGUGGAAAUGACUGGGACAUCGUCAGGAAGUGCAUCUGCUCUGCCUACUUUCAUCAGGCUGCCAGACUCAAGGGCAUCGGGGAGUACGUCAAUUGCAGGACUGGAAUGCCUUGCUAUCUUCAUCCGACUUCGGCGCUUUUCGGCAUGGGAUUCACUCCUGAUUACGUCGUUUAUCACGAACUCGUGAUGACUGCUAAGGAGUACAUGCAGUGUGUCACGGCUGUUGAUGGGCACUGGCUGGCGGAGCUCGGGCCCAUGUUCUUCAGUGUCAAGGAGACGGGGAGUGGACAGGCCAAGAGGCGGCAGGCUGUGCAGCAUCUGCAGGAGAUGGAGGGACAGAUGAAGGCGGCGGAGGAGGAGAUGAAGGCGAGGGCCAAGGAGCAGCUUGAGAAGGAACAGGCUUCUGUCAGGAAGAAAGAAAUAUUGACGCCAGGCAUCAGAGAGCCGGGGACUCCAGCACCUUACAGGAAGACUCCGGCGCGGCUAGGACUGUAAAUAAUUAUUAAUUCACUACAUUGUACAUAUUUUUUUAUGAGGUGCGGAGAGACUUCUGUGGGGUAAUACACGCCUCGCUUACAUUGA